AUGGCGCCAACCUCGAGGAGGGAGAGAAGACAAUGGAAUCCCAAGGGCGACACAGAGGACUAUUUCGGCGAUGACACAACAAACGUCCAGGAAUCAGCAAGCGACUUCGAAUUGAAUGGAGCACUAUUGAGGAGGACCCUCUCGGAACUAUUUGGUCGAGAUGGAGACGAAGAUGAGGACAGUGAGGACAGCGAAGACGAGGACGAGGACGAGCAUGUGGACAACCGCGCUGAUCUUGGACUUCCUCCUCCACUCAGCAUUGCUCUUCCUCCUCUUUCUCAACCUCCUCCUCUGCUACCGCUACCACCAAACCCACUUUCCGGUCUUUUGCCACUCCCAAAGAAAGAUCCUCCAAGCGCAGCUCCCCCUCCACAACCUCCUCUCCCACCCUCAUCCUCUAUUCCCCCACAGCAACCGGCAACCGGCAUCUCUGGUAAUUAUGCAUCUGCUUCGCCAGCUGCCGACCCUCGCAGAACCACCCUUAGUGCAGCCCUGCCCAAGAGCACUGGUAGUGGUGAUGACAGUGACGAUGACGAUGAUAGUGACGACGAUGACGAUGGGAAGACCGAUAGUACCCCAUCGCCUACUCGGUCUACUUUUUCCAAGUCAACUCGAUCAAUUCUCUCUCUUACGCCCGCCAUCCCGCCGCCUUAUCAGACGGGAUCAAAAGACAAAGAUGGGCAAAGAUCCAGCAUUAGCAGCACCCAGGACACAACCAGCUCCUUCACAACACCCACAACCUUGUCAGUAUCAACGGCGGAGACGAGGACAAGAAUAGAAAUGGCCACAACGACGAGCAGUCCAAGUCCAAGUGAAGCGGCGACUAUGGAUCAGGGACGAGAGGCUGCACGCACUUCCAAACUAAGCCCUGGUGGCGAAAAGGCCGCCAUUGCGUCUGCAACCAUUGGUGGAUUCAUCAUUCUUCUUGUCUUGGCUUGGUUCCUCUGGCGCCGCUCAUCCAAGCGUAAAUCUGCUGGCCGAAAAAGCACCUGGCCGACCAAUUUCCCCUCCCGCGAGAUCUUCGAUGGCCCUCGGCGUGUAUCCAGCAAAGUGGGCGAAAAGUUUACGUCUAUGAAGGGACAUCUCCGGCGGCCAAGCGCCCUUGGCUGGUGCAGUAUCAACGAUGACGAUGACGACGCUGCUAUGAAUGAGAAAUCUGCGGCUCCGGUGGCGGCGAAUGCUGGUGGUCUGCUGGAAAGGAGACUGGGGACUUCGACGCCGCCUCAGCGCGUUACGGUGAAUUCAUAUGGGAUGAUAUUCCGCAAACCGAAGCGCGACUCAUCCUUGUCGGACAUCUUUCUGCCGAGAGGCCAGCAGAGAAUGACGCCGCCUUCUACCCCAGUGAGGACCAUGGAAAGGGGAUCGCCGCCUCCUUCCCCAGAGGGCAUCAGGAUACCAAUCGUGCGACCAAGUACGCAGAUGGCGGCGGCGGCGCACUUGGAGAAUGCGAGGAAGAGUGUGAAUGCAGGUGUAUACAACGCACCGCGGACACCAAGGACGCCUUUGCGCCAGAAUACUCGCAUAAGCGAUGUAUCCUCCUUAUCGUCAGGGUUUGGCGACGGGGACAUUGUAAUUAUUCAGCCCCCUACCGCUGCCAUUGCUGUCAAGACAGCCAAUCCAAGCGUCAGUGACUCACAUGUUAACCUCGUUGCCGUCAGAAGUAGCCCUGAGAGGAAGAGCUUCGGCAGCCGCUUCUCCCGCAGCAGAGACACCGUCCUCACCAACGCGUCUGAAGACAUGCGCCCUCGCUUCCGAUCCAUUUCCUCGUGGGUCGGCCAGCAGUCGCGCCGAGCGAAGCGAGCUGCAGCAAGCAGGAAUGAGGAUGGGGUUCCUGAUGUGCCGGAUAUUCUGCCGGAGCAAGGAUUUGAUAUGAUGAUGCCUGAUGGGCAGGAGCCGAGGAGAGUUGAGUCUGCGAUGUGGAAGAAGUAG